AUGUCGGAGCUAAAAAAUAUGGUAACAACUUUCGUGAGCACAAGCAUAGAGAAGUUUGUCAGGAUGGACCAGUUCAUGGAAUUGUCUAAGGGGAAAUUCAAUGCACUAGAGGCAGGCCAAAGAAACCAGAGUGCUAUUUUGCAGGACCUCCAAAACCAGAUUAGAGGAAUCACUCGUCACAAUAACACCAGGGCACCAAGAACUCGACUUGCCAACACCAUCCCAAAUCCUCGCAAGCCUCGCCAGUAUUUAGAUGCCAUCACUACUAGAAGUGGCAAGACGAUGUCUACUAUACCUGCUCCUGCCAGGCAGGAGGAACCAACACCUGCUCCAGCACUUCCAGCUGAAGAUGAAGAGGUGGGGAUAGAGAAGGAAGGACCUACUCCCAAGCCACAACAAGUGGUUAAGGAGCAUGAUAAAGCACCAGGGGGUGCUUUCUUUAAUCAGAAUACGCAACUCAAACCUCUUCAACGAAAAAAUAAAACAGAUGGUAGAAUUCUUGCCACAAUCGAGGUGAUUAAUCGAUUGAUAAGAGAACUUGCUAAAUGA